AUGUAAAUAAUAUUAGAUAUGGAUUAAGUAGCAACUCCUAACGAUAAUCCUACUUCCUAUGAUCAGCAAAAUGAUUUACAGGAUUAAAUAAAUUAAGCAUUCAAAGAUGAAAAUGAUCAAUAAAACUAAAACUAACAGGAUAAUUAGGACUAGCAAAUGACCUACAAUGCCUAGGACUACGAGAACAAUGAAAAUCUGAACUAUGAAAUAUUUGGUUUAUUUGACCUUGACGGCUCAGGAAAAAUUGACAUUAAUGAUCUUGAAGAAAUUGGAAAAGCUAUGGGAUGGAAAAAGCAAGAAGUGGAUGAUUUGAUAUUCUCACUUGAUCCGAAUCACGAUGGGAGAAUUUCUUUUGAAGAAUUCUAAUUAGUCAUGAAGCAUAUUGAGGAAAGGAUUCAAUCAAAUAAUUAAGGGUCGUAACAAUCUAGUCAAAAUUUAGUUGGCUAACCAAUAUUGAAUGAAUUGAGGAAAAAAUAUGAGAGGGAUGGAAACUACACUAAAGCCAAAAUAUUGAAAUACAAAUUUGACACUCUUAGUAACCAAGAGCAAUAAAGACAAUAGUUGAAUAUGAGAAUAGCUUAGGAAUAAGAACUCUCAACAGUAGAGAAUGCUUAGAAACUCUAAUUUACAGAGUUUGCAGAAGCAUGGGAUAAAUAUAUGACAGAUUACGAAGCGGCUGCUUUUGAAUCAGUUGAGAGAUUGAAAGAAAAGCAUAUUAAAGAAAUAAAAGAGCUUCAUGAAAGAGUGAAGACAGAAUUCAUGAUUAAAUUCAAAUGGACAAGAGAACUUCUAGAUCUGAGAAAGUAAGAAAAGAUUCAUUUCUCUGUCAAGGACUACAUAAAUGCUGAAGAAUGCAAAAGAAGAGCAGACUUAAUGGAGUUACAAGAAAGAGAAAUGAGUUAAAACUCGUUAAAUGAAGCCAUUGGUAGAUAAGAGAGAAUUUUAAGAUAAAAGUAGCAAAUGGCUUUGGCUACACUGUUAAAACGUAUUUAGAGAGACAGAGAAGAAUAACUUAAGCAUAGAUAGGAGGACUCUUAAAGAUUAAUGUAGAGAAAUACAAACCUACUUAAAGAUAUGAUCACUAAGUAGGCUCAAGAAUAAAGAAAGACCUCUUAAUUUUUGAAAUUCGCACUUGGAAAGCGUGAGCAUAAGACUGAAGAGGAGAUUAAAUAGAUGAUAAAAGACAGUAGUUAUCAACCUAAUAGUGACCCAUUGAUGGGAAGAAUUAAUCGCAAAUACAACCCAACAGUAAGUGUCUAUUCAAACGUGGGAAGAGGUAGACUUUACACUCAAGACUCAAGGACAUCUAAACACAUAAGUAGCAGGAUAAUUAGACCCUUUGAGUUUCAAAGCCCUUCAAAUGCUCUAGGAGGACUAGGAAAUGGCCGAGAUAAUACUUUGGCUUAGAGGAAAUUAAACAUUAGAAAAAUAAAUCAGACUGCAAUUCUGGAGGAAGUACAUAGUACAAUGAAUGAUAUAAAUAGUUUCAGAUAACAUAAUCAACCAUCAAACUAGGGUUAAGGUAGUAAAAAUUAGAUGUCAACCAAUAAAUUUACUCUCCCUAAGAUUAAGAAUUGA